AGCCAGCGCUGCCCCCGGCGCCCCCCGGCCCGGAGCCGCCCUCCAGCGGGGGAGCGCGCCCAGCUGCGGCUCUGCUGAGGCAGGAAACCUUUCCGAGGAGUGUCGCCUCCGCUGACGCCCUUAAAGCCGGUCCCUUUCGCCAGGAGGGAGAAGAGGCUGCGGCUGGGAGAGGAGCGAAUUGCAGGGGAAGGUAGAGAUUGUGGCAAACUUUCUAGCUGCUUCUGCGUGCUGCUGCCUCAGUGGUGGGAGUGUCUGGCCAUAAGGAACUGCAAAGCCCGAACCUGAGAGCCCUGAGGCUCCAAAAAAGACUUCCAUCUGCCUUCGGAGGAGGAACUGCCAGCAGUGCAAGCUGAGUAGGUGAUUCAGCUCUAGAGGAAAGAUUUGUCUUCACAAUUUCCUUUGAAAGCACAAUGGCCACGUUUUAGAGUUUUACAGAAAUCAGAAAUCAUCUAGGAACAAGAACAUUGGACUUUGAGGAAUAACAGAGUUCAGAGAGCCCAGAAAUUGGUCACUGAUAAACCUGACUUCAUCAUACAGCUUGGAAAUGAAUACCAUUGAGACAGCAAAGCUUGAAGAGCAUAUGGAGGGUCAGACGAAUGACACUUCUAAUGGCUACUCACGACCUACUCUCUCAGUCAGUGAAGAGAACAAAAAUGGCACCAACAAACCAAAGGGCUUGUCUAAUGGCUUGCGGAAAACAGCAAAGAAGUAUCCUGAUUACAUCCAGAUUUCUAUGCCUGCUGAAGCUAGGAACAAAUUUCCUCUGGAGUGGUGGAAAACAGGCAUUGCUUUUGUCUACGCUCUCUUCAACUUGAUUCUAACAACUGUCAUGAUCACUGUGGUCCAUGAGAGAGUACCUCCAAAGGAGCUGAGCCCUCCCUUGCCUGACAAAUUUUUUGAUUACAUUGAUCGUGUGCAAUGGGCUUUUUCUGUAUCAGAAAUAAAUGGAAUGAUACUACUUGGAUUAUGGAUAUGCCAGUGGUUGUUUCUUAGAUACAAAUCAAUAGUGGGACGCAGGUUCUUUUUUAUAAUAGGAACUUUGUAUCUGUACCGCUGUAUUACUAUGUACGUUACCACCUUACCUGUGCCUGGGAUGCAUUUUCAGUGUGCACCAAAGUUGAAUGGAGAUUCUCAGGCGAAGGUUCAGAGAAUCCUGCGACUGAUUUCUGGUGGUGGUCUAUCCAUAACUGGAUCACACAUCCUGUGUGGAGACUUCCUGUUUAGUGGACACACUGUAGUAUUAACGCUGGUCUACCUGUUCAUCAAAGAGUAUUCACCACGUCAUUUCUGGUGGUAUCACUUAAUCUGCUGGCUAAUGAGUGCUGCUGGUAUCAUUUGUAUCCUUGUUGCUCAUGAACACUAUACCGUAGAUGUCAUCAUUGCUUACUAUAUCACCACACGACUCUUUUGGUGGUACCACUCAAUGGCUAAUGAAAAGACUUUAAAGGUUUCUUCGCAGACGAAUUUCCUCUCUCGAGCAUGGUGGUAUCCAAUAUUUUAUUUCUUUGAGAAGAAUGUGCAAGGCUCUGUUCCUUGCAGCUUUUCCUGGCCGAUAUCUUGGCCUCCCAGCUGCUUCAAAUCUUCAUGCAAAAAGUAUUCACGGGUUCAGAAGACAGGAGAGGACAAUGAAAAAUCUACCUGAAGAAAUGAAGAAAAGCAUCUGCUCUGUGGUUUUUCUUGUUUUCUUUUGUUUUGUUUUUUACCAAAACAUUAAUGCUGUAACCAAAGUUCUUAAGAGGACUAUACUGUAACUGAAGAAGUGGACCAAGCUUCUGUGCUAUUGAUUGAAGAGACAAUUAUAGACACAUAUUGCCAUUUCAGAUGUUUUCCUAUCAUCAGGCUGUACAGACCUACUCUACUCCUCAGUGCUAAUGAAAUGCACCAGUGAUGGGAUAUUUUUAUUAAAGAAAAAAAAUGGAGCAGGACUUUGCUUUACUAACAAGAUAGAGGUGCCAAAGACUACAGUAACACUUUCAUUACUAACUACCACUCAUCCACAGAAGCACCCAAAAGUCUCAUCUUCAGAGUUCUGGAGUGCAUAAGGGCAAAAACAUGCUCAAUUGUAAAGGCACGAUAUUGGCGUAUCGAGGUAUAUAAAAAAAAAAUAACACAAUUGUGGGAAGUGGUUUGUUGCAUUAUUCUUGCUAAUGAAGGUAAGGCCUCUGCAUGACUGGUACAGCUGGAAGUGAGUGUGACUUUUUUUUUUUACACACUGUGGGUAUGAAUAUCAUAUGACCCUAAAAUAUUGCUUCCACUAUUAACUCCCAUAUAUUCUACUAUAUACCAAUUUUUACAUUUUUAUUAGUAAUUUUAUAUUUAAACUGUUGUGCUACCUGAUGACUUUGCUAAUUAGCUGCUAACAUCAGAGCUCAAAGAGCCUAAAAUUUUAUUUUUAAUAAGGGACACAGUUUCAAAGUCUAAAUCUUUAAUUACAGUUGGCCUUGUGUAUAUAGCUUUACAGUGCCUGUCAGUGUAUGUACAUGCAUAUACACACAAAAGCACACACUAAACAAAGUUAUUUACUGGGAAGAGUGAUCAUAGAGUUCUUGAUGCAGGCAAAAGUCCCACAGCUCUCACCUGCUUGAGCAAUGCAAGGCCAGGUCCAAAAUGAGGUUACAUUUAAAAUUUAAUUUUGAAUUUUAGUAGCUAUCUCUUGCUGAAGCUAUGUAGCGAGUUUGUAUGGGAACCAUAGUUCUGCAUUGAAUUUUUUUUUUUUUUACCUGUUGGCACAUGUCUGUGUGACUUGACUUUGAAAGAAAAACCCACCAAACAAAACAGUGCCAAGGUAAAUCCCUACAACAGCAGCAUUUCUUCAGUUAUUACCCAAACCCAUUCCAUAUUAAAAUACGCUGUUGUAGGACUCACAUGUAGCUUCCUUUUUUCCCAGGGUUUCAGUCCAAUUAAAAUGUCUACUUAAACAAGUUGGCUGAGGAAGUGGGAAAUUACCACGGGGUAAACAUGUAACAAAACCACAAAUUAACAGCUACUGGGUUCUUGUUGGUUUAUGUUUUGUAUUGUUGGGAAAGCAAAGCAGAAAAUUAGCAUACCAUGUUUAACCAUUUUUAUUCUGGAUUAAUUUCUGCAGCUAACUCAAUAUUGUUUUCCAAUUUUCAGUGAAACUUGAUGCAAAAAUAAAACUGCACCAAGUGUUGAGGUGAUACUAAUAUAAAGGAAAUGCUGCUUAAUUUUAAGAAUGUCUUGAAUUGACUGACAAGUGUGAACACAAUUUAAAUUAUGACAACUUCCUUUUAAAAAGUCCAGUUAAAGUUAUAAAAUGAUUUUUUUUCCAGCUAAGGGGAUCAUUGCUCUUGUUGUACUUGAGUAUUUUUGUGCAUUAUCAAAAUAAUACAAUAAACAAUGUUCCUUACAUCCUUGGUAAAACUUAGCUAAGAAAGAAGUUCUGCUGAUGUUUGGUUUUAUUUUAAAUGAGCUUAGUAGACUCUGAUAACAUGUCCCUGAAGUUGUGUGUAUACGGGCAUAACUAUGAUUCCAUUUGCUUGCUCCUAACAGACUUUGAACAGCUAAACCAGUAUGGAAACACUCAUGAGUCCUUUUUCUCGAUCACAUAAAGAAGUCUGUUCAGUGUCAGUCAGUAGAUCUCCCAAGAUACUUAUUAUAUCAGUACUACUUCAUAGAGCAUAAUUUUUUAAAGAUGAAAUCUAAGCUUUGUGAUAUCAGAAAUAUGGUCAUGUUAAGCCACUUGUAGUAAUACUGUCUUCUGUGAUUUAUGAAUGGAUUUCAUUGUUGGUAACCAUACCUUGAAAACACGAUGAGAAGCCUUACAGGAGGAGCUUAAACAGUGGUUUUCAUCUGGGCUGAAAAAUAAAUACUUAGAUAGUCUAGACAGCUAAUUGCAUAACCACCACCAUGGGAUUUCUGUAAUGUAUCUUCUAAGUAGACUUCAUGCAAGAUGAGGUGUUUGGGUUUUUUUUAUACUUAUUCCGAUUUCUGGAAGGUAAAAAUGUGAAAGUGAUGCAAUAUAACCAAGUAAAGACUCUGCUUUUGUGGGGCCACGUGAGCUUUCAUUAUACUGCUGAAUUUGGUAGAAACUUCUAUUGUAAUACAAAAGGAAAGUUUAAUUAGUAACUCUAGCUUAAAAUACUUGAUUCUUGUUCUGGCUCAGCCCCUUGGUAAGUGCUUAGUAUUUCUCCAUUGUAUCCAAGCCCUUAAAAGUGGGUGGAUGGGUGUGUAUGCAUUUAGUUAGCAGAAAUCACCAGUUCUCUACUCUCUCAGUAGCUUUUAAUUGCUUUUGCAAACUUGGAUGGUAUAGUUGUAUUUGAAGAUUCUUCAGGCCUAUAUGUAAGGUGAUGAAACGGGGUAAGUAAUUGUAUAUGCUGAUUCUUACCGCUGUAGUAGUUUAUCCAAUACAAACCACAACUGCUACGUGAAAAUUACUCAUUUUAAGAUCUUGGUGAUCAUUGUAUAUUAGUACCAUGAAACUGAAAAUACAGUUUCAUCCAAAGAGGAAAAAAGAUUGCAGUAGGUAAAAAGAACAGGAGAAACUUGAACUUAAGCCUACAAUCAAAUUAUUAGUGCAUUAUUUGGACUGUAUAUAUGUCCAGUGUUUUGCAGUAUGUCACUACUUAUUUUUUCCUAGUUACAAUAUUUCUUAGAGGUGUCACAUGAGCUGCACCUAUGCUGUGACUAUAACAUGCUCUUUCUCUCUACUGAAGGGCAUUUAUAUGUUGAACUUUCCAGACGCUUCAAAAAAACCCCAAAACCAACAACUAAACUCUACACCUGUACACUUGGCAUAUCAGUAUGACUUAGUUGCUGAUGGUGCUUUGUGUUUAUGGAACAAGCUUUGUUAAAUGCCUAAUCUAAAUUUAAACUUGGAUGUAACAGGUUAACUUGUGGAUUUAAAGAAAUAUGCUGCUAAGUAGUCAUGCUAUAGAUGCUUCAUUUUAAUGCCAGAAAAGAUUAACAUAUACUUGAAACCACUGUAAAUAGACGUGCUUUUUUUCUAGUACGUGCUUAGCACUCCCAUGUGGUCAUAAGUGGUACUAUAUAUUAGUCAUCCUUCAUUGCAGUUUUCUUGGAAAGAUCGCUACAGGUGAGGUAGUAGCAAAAAUAGUUGUGCUAAAUGUUGCUAUGAACUCUGCAUUUGCUUCCCUCCUUAAAAAAAAAAAGGGGGCAAGAGAAGGAAACUAAAAAAAAAAAAA